AAAGGAACAAUGUUUAGGCUCAUGAGACCCACUGGCUUGCUCAGAGGCACACCAUCUUCAUAUGGCUUGCUGUCAUCGUCGAGGAUCCUGCAACAGCGCUCUAUCCACUACACAGUCGCCAGACUGUGCCCUUCGAAGGACCCGUUCAAGGAGCUGGAGACGUCACCACAACGUCCAAUUGAGGUCGAGCCGGUGAAGAAGGAGCACCAGAGCAGCAAGCACAGUGCCAGGGCCAAUGCCAUCGUGGCCAGGCUGCCCAAGAGGCUCCAGAAGUACGGAGAACGGUUGGUGAAUGCCCCAGUGGCGCAUCUCACUAGCUUUGUCAUUCUCCAUGAGUUCAGCGCAAUUGUCCCCCUGUUUGGCCUGUGGUAUGCCUUCCAUCACUGGGGGUUCCUGCCGGCUGACAUCCCAUCGUGGAUGCUGCUGAAGGGCUCAGAGGUUGUCGAGAAGAUUGUGAGUUGCUGUGUGCCCGGCGUUGUGGCCUAUCAUCACGUACUAACAGAAUACCCAUAGCUCGGCGAAACAGUCGCUGACAUGUCCAUUCAGGAGCGCACACGCCUCGUGCUCGAAGGAGCCACGGCCUAUGGCAUCGUCAAGGCCACCUUCCCACUGAGAGUGAUGUUCAGCAUCUUCCUGACCCCGUGGUUUGCCAGAGUGUUUGUCGUUCCUGGCCUCAGCGGGCUCCAGAAGCUCUUUGCCCUGAUUAGAGGCACGAAGUGAGUGUAUAUAGACCAUAGUAUUUAUUCUGGCUUCUGUCUAGCCAUACGAGGCAUGGGCUAAAGCCAUUUAUAUAGCUAACAGGACCGAGCAGGCCCAAUUGGUGCU